AAACCCCAACCUGCAUCUCGAUUAUAGUUCCACAUAAUAUACGUACAAUAUGGCAAGCUUUAUUCAAAACAUCAUUUGGAACUCUGUUGAAGGCUUUGUGGAGGCAGGGAAAAAGACGGCAGGAGAAUAUGGUGGCAACGCAUUGAUCAAAGCGGGAGAUAUGAUUGAGAAUGGUGGAAGGAGUGUAGGAACUGGCAUCGAGCGCAAAGCAACAAGCUAUGGCACAGCCAUCACAGGCCAAACCUACAAGCCCUCGGCCACAGCCUUACCCUCGACGGCGCGUAAACCAGUCAUCAAGCGCUCCAACUCGACGCCUGCGAAUAGUAAACCAACAACGAGCGGCGCCAAGGGUGGUAGUGGGAUACCAAUAGGCGCAAAGAAGUACCCUGGAGGUAGCCAAGUAAACGGAGCAGUCGGAGGAGCAAAGAACACGGUUGGCGGUGCAUCGAAAGUCAUGGGAGGCGUUGUGGGAGGAGGUCAAAAGGCUCUCGGAGGCGUAACAGGCAACGCAUCCAAAGUGACCGGUGGGGUCGUAGGCCGCGCAAACAGUACAAUUGGCGGCGUAAGCAGCAACGCGUCGAAAGCGGCCGGCGGUCUCGUAGGAGGCAGUCAGAAAGCCCUUGGCGGAGCAACCAGAUCAAUUCCGCCAUUCAAGGGUCCCAAUUCUGUACCGGCAGGACCAUCCAAAACCUCUUUACUAAAGCCCUUGCCUGGAACCAACGGAACCCCGAAGCCGGCAUACCCUUCAGAAAAGAAGACGCCUGUUAAGCCCGGUCAGCCCAAGCCGUUCAAGCCGCCUGUUGAAUCGAAGAAGCUGGAUCCAAAGAAACCCUACCCGGGCACGAAUACACUGCCGGGGACGAGUAAGACACCAGUGCAGCAGCACAGGUUAAAGCCGCUGCCAAGGUUGGGACCGCAGGUUGGGCAGGGCCAGACUAUGCAGCAUAUCUCGGUCUAAUGAGUAAAGAAUGGAAGAAGGGACACAUUGGUUAGAAAUUUGCUGACGAGUUACGGGAUGGCGUUAUGGGAUGGGGUAUCCGGAUAUAAGAUUUUAUUUGGCCGAUUGGGAGACUCGCGAUGCAUAGUAGAGAAUGUAUGACAGAAGGAACUUGACAUGACGCGAGUUGGCGCCGUCAGUGUUGCUGACAAUUCGCGCUCGUUUUGACUUUCAGACCUAGACAACGUUACAACGAAAGAAACAGACAAACCUA